AUGAAACGACCCAAGGCGCUAGCGGAGUACAUGCCGGACAAGAACAAGAUGACCAUCCUCCUGGUCAGCUCAUGCGGUCCGGCACCUCUGAGAAGAGCGUGAGAUGGGUGCCGUUCGACGGUCCUUACAUCUCGAUGAUCCUCCCCCAGUCGUCGAAGCCUUACAAGUUCAACAUCAUGAUCCAGAACGCCUCGGGGCAUCCCCGAGACAUCGGCUUCAAGAUUCAGAACCUUCCGUGUUUCGAGAUGCAGUACAGGCCGUCCAGGGGCACUCAGAUCGCGUCGGGGCUCCAGUGCAUGUUCGAGAUCCUGGCUCACCUCAACGAGCCCGGAGAGUUCAACGGAGAGGUCCUCUUCACCAGCGCCGAUGAGACGCAACGACUGGCCGUCUGCCCAGUCUUCCUCAAGGUCCUCCACUCCUCGUCCUCAGCCGCGAAGCUCUGGCACCCCCUCCAGGAGGAGACGACUCCUUCAGCCGUCGCCUACGACACGUCCUCCGACUCCUUGAACGCCAAGGGCACUACUCUCAAGAAGGCAGCCAGCACGCCCUCCACCCAGUCGAUCCCUCGCGAUUGGACCCAGCACCGGAUCCACGGCGGAAGCAAGGACGUGUUCAUGCCGCUGACGGUGAGGGCAGGCUUCCGACAUGGCCGAGCGACGCGACCAGUCUCAAGUCCUCCUGGAGGACGAUCUUCUCCCUCCUACUCUCCUUGGAAGCCAACGCAUAACGGCUCGGAUCGGGAUGAGCCCCCGCACUCAGCUCGAGUGAAGUUGUGCCUUGCAAUCUAGAUGCUUUGUGACGUGUAGCUUAUGUAAUGAUGAAUAACGAUGAGAUGAUGUAAUGAAUAAAUGAAGUAAGUGACUCUC